AUGAUUAUCGACGAUUAUAUGACUACGCUUUCUUCGUCGAAAACGCCCAUCAAAUUUGCUGAUUGGAUGCACGAUCGACACGAAAUCGAGCUGAUUCUCGAAUCGCUGAACAACCCCAAAACGCGUGUCUAUGUAACAAAAGAUAACAUGGACAUGCUAUCUUCCCACAUGGUCGUUGAAACUCCCAUCCCUCCAGAAGACUCGGCGUCUUCUUCGUCUCCUCUUCCUGACGGCGAGCUUUCAUUGAAUCGAAAACGUCGAGAGAGCGAUGCAGUGUUGAUGUACCACCACAUCAACGGUCUUGUUCUGAACAUCAACAGCAUUAUUAAAGACGAUUACUUCCCUGGAUCGCGCAACACGCUGCUGGUUCCGCAGCUGGACGGAGCUCCGAACUUCCGAGUGAGUCGGUUCAUUGAUCGGGUGUUUGGCGUUGGGAUUCCGAUGAUAAACGGCGUGGCGAACACCGUGGAUUACAUCCAGAAGACGUAUGGAAGCAAUAAUAUCGUAGGGAAGAGAAGGGGAAUGUGA